AUGUGCCAUGUCAUUGUCACUUGCCGCUCCAUGCUCUGGACCCUGCUCAGCAUCGUGGCCGCCUUCGGGGAGCUCAUCGCCUUCAUGAGCACUGACUGGCUGGUGGGCUUCCCGCGGACCCCUGACGCCGUGCUGGGUCACCACGGCGCCACGGCGGCUGGCGAGGCCUACAGACCCACGCUGGGCAUCUACGGCCGCUGCAUCAAACUGCCUCACCUGCAGAGGGGCAUCCUGUGUGGACCCUACGCCGUGCACUUCGGGGAGAUCGCCAGCACCUUCUGGCAGGCCACCUCCAUCUUCCUGGCCACUGGGAUCCUGCUGCUGUGCGCCGUGGCCUUCAUCUCUGUCUUCACCAUGUGCUUCCAGAGCAUCAUGAAGAAGAGUAUCUUCAAUGUGUGCGGGCUGCUGCAAGGCAUCGCAGGUCUGUUCCUGAUCCUUGGUCUGAUGUUGUACCCUGCUGGCUGGGGUUCCGACAAGGUGGAGCUGUACUGCGGGCCGGAGGCAGCGCCGUACCGGGCCGGGGUCUGCUCCAUGGGCUGGGCCUUCUACACCGCCAUGGGCUGCACCGUGCUCACCUUUGUCUGCGCCGUCUUCUCGGCCCAGGCUGAGAUCGCCACGUCCAGCGACAAAGUCCAGGAGGAGAUCGAGGAAGGCAAGAGCCUCAUCUGCCUCCUCUGAACCGGACCGGCCGGGCCCGCUCCGCCCCGACACCCUUGUACCACUAAGACUGCACAUCUGUGUCGGCCAGACCCCGACCGUCUGCGCCUGUAAAUACCCGUGACAAUGAUUCUGUGACGCAGAACCAGUGAUGAAGAGGAGGAGGAUGUCACACUUUCAUUCAAAAACACUGACUCUCUUGCCAAACUCAUGGAACCACUAGGGGCUAGAACUCACUCUAGAAUGUACUGCGAACCCGAAGUAUUAGUCGGAGGUGACACGGAGACUUGACUCCGAGGGACUGAUGAUGUCACCGGCCCAAUCGCACUCGUUUCUGCCAAACUAAUAAACUAAAAGGGAGAAAAAAGCUGAGUCUUCUGGUUCCUGGUGUUUUGCUGCUGAAAAUCACGAUUCAGCUGCACAAGCUGAGUUCUGACUCCAGUCCUCCGGAGUCAAGACUCAAUGUUUUACAAAAGCAGAAUUCAUUUUUCAAAGUUUUUUUAAUUUGAUGAAGAUAUUCCACUGUAUUUUUGUUUAUACAUGUUUCAGACAACAAUCAAUGCUUCAUUCUCAAUGAUAAUCUCAGUCAAACACAAAACAAGUAAAAUUUAAAAUAGAUUUGAAGAUACAAAUCCAAGUCUUUGAAGUUACAUUAGUUAAAUUCUUUGUGUAUAUGUACACUGGGAACUCUUUAAUCUAAAAAAUAAACACAUGUGGGACACUUAACAUUUCUGAAUAUGCGAUUCGCCUGAAAUACUGAAAAUGUUAUGUUUGUGGAACCAAGUUUUCCAGGAGACGAUGAGGGGUCACACAGCUCGAAGUUUACGUUUUGUAAAUCGCAGCAAAAGUAAUAAAUAGUACUGUGGCUGUAGUAAAAGCUUCUUAAUCUUCAUAAUGCCUUUAAAAAAAUACGCGUCAUCUGCGUGCCAGACGUCACUUCGAGUUCAUCUGAGACCGAGAUAUGCCGUCGAGAGACGUCAGCGAAAGUAGGCACAUUUCUGACCGUGUGCUGCCCCCGCGCGGCCACCAACUGUAACUGCACAUCCAGACUCACGUCAGAGGUCGGGAGCGACAGAAUGAAGUCACGUGACUCGCAGGUAGAAAUUACAAUCAGAGAAUUUAUUCAGUUCAACAAUAAAUAUACAAAACCCACAGAAACUCGGAUGAAAAUGUAAGAACUGACUCUUCUCAGGACUCGCUCAAGUCGGAGGCGCGCAGUAGGAAUCGAGCUUCAUCAGCACAGGCUUCUCCGCGGGUUUCAUCCUUCAUCCUUUCGGUGAAUGGGAGAGCGAGACUUGAGAGUCAGUCCAGCCGCUCGACCGCUGUGACUCACUACGCCAUGACCUCCAGCCAUCACUGUGCUCU